AGCUACAAGUUCAUUGCCUUACUAAAAAUAUAUAGACCUUACUCGUUAUUAAAGUUUUACAAUAAUUACUUAGUUUAGUUACUAGAUCUAGAUCUAAGUGAGACUUAGAACUAAGUUAGAACGACCUGCAUUACUCCUAGUGGGGACUCUGUGUAUGGCUGGUUACUUCAGUCGUGUUGUCAACAAACUUUAUUUAGUCAAACAGUUUUCAAAGGUAUCUUUCACCCAGCGACAUCUUGUUACAAGAACUGUCAUGGGAGAUGAGAAACCUAUUGAAAGUGCAAUCAGGAAAAAACUUAGCGAAGCCUUAAAUCCACAGUAUUUAGAUGUUAUCAAUGAAAGCUACAUGCACAAUGUUCCUAAAGGCACAGAAUCCCAUUUUAAAGUUGUCAUUGUGUCAUCUGCUUUUGAAAAUGUGAAGCGAAUUGAGAAACACAAAUUGGUGCAUAAAGCAAUUCAGGAAGAAAUUGAUAACUCAAUUCAUGCCUUGUCUAUUGUUGCCAAGACACCACAAGAAUGGGAGACAUCACAAGAUAUUGGCCAAUCGCCUGCGUGUAGGGGUGGGGCUGGCUUGUAGCAUACCAGAUGUAUCAUGUCAUUCUUUUGAAAUAAAAAAAUUAAAUCUGUUUGAAA